AGAGGCAAGGAACUUGGGUUUUUUUACCUUUGCUAUUAGAGGAACUUCUUACAAUUUCCGUCAUAUUUUGCUCAAAUGUUAUGCUAACUUAUAUUUCUACAGGUUUCAUAGGAGGUAAUCCAUCUGACACGAACUCAAGUGGCAUAAUUGAUUUAAUAUUUAUUUGUGCAAUUUGCAUCCAAGUUAAGGUUGUAGUGCUGCUACCCUAGAAAUAAUUGAUGCAGAAUUCUCCGCUCGUGUUAUAUGUUUAGUAAAUGUGAUAGAUAGCGGGUUACAUAGUGAGUAUGCAGCUCAAAAAGAUGUUUACAAUUUAUUGGCUCUUAUUUAUAGGCCAAACUAGUAUAUAUCGUGUGUGCAUUGCUCUUAUUCUUCACUUUAUUAUGUUUGUGGUGCAUUGUUUUUUAUUGAAUAUUCGUGAAGAACGUUUACGCGCAAAAAAAAAAAUUGGUCUUUUGAGCAACACCUUUAUUCACCCCCCUCAAGAGGUGUGCAAGGCGUCUAACAAGUGGUAUCAGUGCGAGGGAAUUUCAAAGCUUUACUGCUUAAAAUUUAAAAAGAUCAUGGCCGGAAGAACAUUUCAACCCGGAGUUUCCGAAGGACAAUCCACGACAAGGCCACCACUCUUCGACGGCACAAAUUAUGCUUAUUGGAAAGAGAGGAUGAGAAUAUUCAUCCUAUCAAAUGAUUAUGAUUCUUGGCUAGUGAUCAAGAAUGGAGAGACGGUUCCCAUGAAGAUUGUUAACGGGGUUCUUGUUCCAAAGUUAGAGACUGAAUAUACCUCAAAUGACAAGAAGAAGAUGCAACUAAAUGCAAGGGCCAUCAACUUUCUUUAUUGUACCGUGAACCUGGAUGACUAUCGGAAAAUCUCAAGGUGCAAGACGGCUAAUGAGAUGUGGAACAAAUUAGAGGUCACAUAUGAAGGAACAAGUCAAGUGAAGGACUCAAAGAUCGACUUACUCACCAUCGGUACCCAUGAGUACGAGCUUUUCAUGAUUAUGGAAAAUGAAACAAUAGAUGGCAUGUUCGAGAGUUUCUCAACUGUCGUCUUAAAUUUGGAUACACUUGGGAAGCAUUAUGAGGAUCAUGUUCUCGUUCGAAAAAUCCUUCGAAGUCUCACACCGGAAUGGAAGUCUAUAGUCAACCCUACCAAAGAAGGCCGAGAUUACAAUACAUUGACAUAUGACGCACUUCGAGGUAAACUACUCACUUAUGAAAUGUCUAACUUUUCUAGUGCAGCGGAGAUCAAAAGGGAUCAAAAUCUAUCAUUCAAAGGAGUUGCACUCAAAGCUUCAUCGUCAAAAUAUGUCGAGACAAGUGGCUCUGGAGAAAGUGACAUUCUCGAUUUAUUUAAUGACUUCUUGCAAAAUGAGCUUGAGCAAUUGAACGAGAGUACAAAGCCUACUUGCUAUGGAUGUGGAGAGCGUGGAAAUAUCAAGGGUCAUUGCCCUAAUCGAAAAUUAAAGAAGUCCAAACGCCGAAAGCAAUCCAACUCUAGCUCCACUUCCUCAUCCGAUGAUGAAGUAGCCAUUUGUCUUAUGGCUUAGAGUGAAUCCAAAGAGGAAUUCUAAGUUUGAUAGACAACCUAGAAAGCACAUCACACGUCCUAGAAACAUGAACAACCCUAGUGUUAGGUGUCAUUAUUGUAAUAAAGUAGGACACAUCACACCAGUUUGUUACACUAAGUAUAGGCACUUGCUUCUAAGUCAAGAUAAUGUGAUGCAUCGUUCAUAUGAUUUUUACUAUUGCCAUAACACCCCUGGACCCAAAAGGCAUUGGGUACCAAGAUUUGCUUCGUAGAUUCAUUAAGGAAGGUGUGCUUGAACACUUUGACUUGAGUUGAAGUAGAUGCACCAAGCACAUAAUUGGGUGAAGCAUCAAUUAAGGGGGAAGUUGAUUCACUUUAUUAAUUCCAACUAAUGUUGAUUUAUAUUUUAGUUGGACAAUGUGAUAUUAUUUGUUUGUUUGAUAUCUAUUUGCAUGAGCAUAUAUCUUUUUGCUCAUCUCUUUUUGAUAAUGUCAAAAGGGGGAAGAUGGUGUAGAUAUGCAUAUAUUCAGGGGGAAUUG